GUGAAUGCGCAGGCGCAGUACACUCCUGCCCGCUCUCUCACACAAAGCCCAGAAGCGGAGAAAAUGGCGGCAGGGGUGGAAGCGGCUGUAGAGGUGGCGGCGACUGAAUCCAAAAUGGAGGAGGAAAGCGGAGCGCCCGGCAUAGUGAGCGGGAACGGGACUCCAACCCCCAAAAGUGAAGGCGAACGAUCAAGUCAAAAUGAGAAGAGGAAGGAAAAAAAUGUGAAAAGAGGAGGGAAUCGAUUUGAACCCUAUGCCAAUCCUACUAAAAGAUACAGAGCCUUCAUUACAAAUAUACCAUUUGAUGUGAAAUGGCAGUCCCUUAAAGACCUGGUCAAAGAAAAAGUUGGUGAGGUAACAUACGUGGAGCUCUUAAUGGACGCUGAAGGAAAGUCAAGGGGAUGUGCUGUUGUUGAAUUCAAGAUGGAAGAAAGCAUGAAAAAAGCUGCUGAAGUUUUGAACAAGCAUAGUCUGAGUGGAAGACCUUUGAAAGUCAAAGAAGAUCCUGAUGGCGAACAUGCCAGGAGAGCAAUGCAAAAGGCCGGAAGACUUGGAAGCACGGUAUUUGUAGCAAAUCUGGAUUAUAAAGUUGGCUGGAAGAAACUGAAAGAAGUAUUCUGUAUGGCUGGCGUAGUGGUUAGAGCAGAUAUUCUUGAAGAUAAAGAUGGGAAAAGUCGUGGAAUCGGCACUGUUACUUUUGAACAGUCAAUUGAAGCAGUUCAGGCUAUAUCGAUGUUCAAUGGCCAGCUGCUCUUUGACAGACCAAUGCAUGUGAAGAUGGAUGAAAGGGCCUUACCAAAGGGUGACUUUUUCCCUCCUGAGCGCCCCCAGCAACUCCCUCAUGGACUUGGUGGCAUUGGCAUGGGGCUAGGACCAGGUGGACAACCCAUUGAUGCCAAUCAUCUAAACAAAGGCAUAGGAAUGGGCAACAUAGGACCUGCAGGAAUGGGAAUGGAAGGCAUGGGAUUUGGAAUAAACAAAAUGGGAGGCAUGGAGGGCCCCUUUGGUGGUGGCGGCAUGGAAAACAUGGGUCGGUUUGGAUCUGGCAUGAACAUGGGCCGAAUGAGUGAGAUGGAGCGAGGAAUGGGUGGAGGAUUUGAGAGAGACUUUGCACGGAAUGAGAUGGGAAUGGCUCGGAGUUUUGGAGAACCUCUUGGCAGGGGAAUGGGUGGUGGUGGUGGCAGUGUUCCAGGAAUCGAGAGGAUGGGGCCUGGGAUUGAUCGCAUAGGUGGUGCUGGGAUGGAAAGAAUGGGUUCUGGCCUAGGCCAUGGAAUGGAUAGAGUAGGGUCUGAGAUGGAGAGAAUGGGCCUCGUCAUGGAUCGUAUGGGGUCUACUGUAGAGAGAAUGGGGUCAGGAAUAGAACGAAUGGGUCCUCUUGGCAUAGACCACAUGACAACAAGCAUCGAGAGAAUGGGCCAAACCAUGGAUAGGAUAGGUUCGGGUGUAGAACGAAUGGGAGCUGGCAUGGGUUUUGGUAUUGAGAGAAUGGCUGCUCCUAUAGAUAGGGUUGGCUCAACUAUAGAGAGGAUGGGAUCAGGUGUGGAUCGCAUGGGUACCACCAUGGAUCGCAUGGGUCUAAGUAUGGAUCGUAUGGUGCCUGCUGGCAUGGGAACUGGCAUAGAUCGCAUGGGCCCAGUUAUGGAUCGAAUGUCUACUGGCUUGGACCGUAUGGGUGCCAAUAACAUGGAGCGCAUGGGAUUGGACCGUAUGGGAGCCAAUAACAUAGAGCGCAUGGGAUUGGACCGUAUGGGAGCCAAUAACAUAGAAAGAAUGGGUCCCACUAUGGGACCAGCCCUAGGUUCAGGAAUGGAGCGCAUGGGACUUGCCAUGGGAGGUAGUUUUGACAGAGCUAUGGAAAUGGAUAGGGGAAACUUUGGAGGCAGUUUUGCAGGAUCUUUUGGAGGUGCUGGUGGCCAUGUGCCUGGGGUUGCUCGAAAAGCCUGCCAGAUAUUUGUGAGAAAUCUCCCUUUUGACUUUACAUGGAAAAUGCUAAAAGACAAAUUCAAUGAAUGUGGCCAUGUGUUGUAUGCAGACAUCAAGAUGGAGAAUGGCAAAUCCAAGGGUUGUGGCGUGGUUAAGUUUGAGUCCCCAGAGGUGGCAGAGAGAGCCUGCCGAAUGAUGAAUGGGAUAAAACUCAGUGGCAGAGAGAUUGAUGUGCGAAUUGAUAGAAAUGCUUAAGCAGUUGCCUUUCUUUUUUUUUUUAACAUCAAUACCAGACUUCCAAAUUUGUAUUUUGUUUUCCUUGUUAACCAUUUUAAUUUGUUGGCUGGAUGUAUAAAGAUGUUAAAAUUCAGUUGCUUUCUGGGGUGAUUUUAAUUACUUUUUUAAUGACUGGGAUUCCAUUUGACUGUUUGCAUUGAGAUUGCAAUGUAUGCAAUUUUUUUUGUAGUUGUGGCAUCUUGUUGACAUUACGACUUUGAUAAUAAAUACCAGUUACUGAAAGCCUCUUAA